ACCUACCGGCGCGCGUUCCCGCGAGGCGGCGGCGGCAGCAGCAUCGGCAGCAGCCGCGGGCAGCCUCGGGCGGGGCCGGCCGGACGGAACGACGGACAGAGGACGCCGAGGGCGUGCGGCUCGCGGGGGCUGACCAUGGAGGGAGCCUCGUUCGGCGCGGGCCGCGCGGGGGCCGCUCUGGACCCCGUGAGCUUUGCUCUGCGGCCCCAGACCCUGCUGCGGGUCGCGUCCUGGGUGUUCUCCAUCGCCGUCUUCGGGCCCAUCGUCAACGAAGGCUACGUGAACGCCGACAGCGGCCCCGAGCUGCGCUGCGUCUUCAACGGGAACGCGGGCGCCUGCCGCUUCGGCGUCGCGCUGGGCCUCGGGGCCUUCCUCGCCUGCGCCGCCUUCCUGCUGCUGGACCUGCGCUUCCAGCAGAUCAGCAGCGUCCGCGACCGCCGCCGCGCGGUGCUGCUGGACCUGGGCUUCUCAGGGCUCUGGUCCUUCCUGUGGUUCGUGGGCUUCUGUUUCCUCACCAACCAAUGGCAGCGCACGGCGCCCGGUCCCGGCCCGACGCAGGCGGGGGAUGCUGCGCGCGCCGCCAUUGCCUUCAGCUUCUUCUCCAUCCUCAGCUGGGUGGCGCUCACUCUGAAGGCCCUGCAGCGGUUCCGCCUGGGCACCGACAUGUCGCUCUUUGCCACCGAGCAGCUGGGCACAGGUCCGGGUCAGGCCUACCCCGGGUACCCGGUGGGCAGCGGUGUGGAGGGCACGGAUACCUACCAGAGCCCGCCCUUCACCGAGACGCUGGACAGCAGCCCCAAAAGCUACCAGGUGCCUGCCUACUAGUGGCCAGUAGGCCCCAGCCCUGGAUCAGAGGCUGCUUGGUCAGCACAGGCUCCCUGGCCCCCUGGGCCAAAGAGGGGGUGACCUGCAGGCUGCCUGAGUGUCCCCACAAGUCCGCCCAGGCCCUUACUUGCCAGACCCAGGCCUAAAGCGCUGAGAAGGGCCAGUCCAGUCCUGGGCAGUGUCUGGGGUCUCGGGAUCCUCCUAGGAGACAGCCAGACCAGGGCUCUGUGUCCAGCCGCCCUCCACAGCCAGGCCAGGGCUAACCCCACCAGAAGAGAGACCCAGCCCCUCCCCAGUGGUCACUUCCCCCCCACGUUCCUGCGGGUAGUGGUUGUCCUCCCUCCUGUCAUGGUGCCCCGCCCCCCACCGGCCACAGGCUCUGCCCACGCCCUUCAGGCUCCCUUCCAUAACCUGGUCCUGUUGAUGUCGUGUUGUGGUCUAGUGUCCAGGUGUUCCCAGUAGUUUGCCCCCAAACGGCCCCUCUGUGGCCCCUGACUCAGCACCUGCUUGCCCUGGCCUGGGUAGAUGGUUCUGGCCGUGCAUUCACCACGUGACAGCUCAGGCCUGACCCGGCCUGCAGAUAGAGCAUGCUCAGUGAGUCACGAGGUGUGACCAGCCCCUCCUGCAGAGCACGCCUGGAUGCUCCAGCUGCCCACGGCCAGGAUAUGGCCAUUUCGUGCAAGCCCCACCCAACUCCCCACCCUGCACCCUGUGUGCGUCACUGACCGCUCAUGCAUUGCUUGAAGCUGGCUUUCCACAUCCUGUGAUCCCAGAUGCGUUGCCACAUUUCAUUCUAGAAUGUCCCGCUGCAGUGAUGGUGGAAUGACAGCCUGUGUCGUGUAGGCCACUCCGCGUGGAAACUAAGUGAACAUGUUUACAAUUUUUGUAUAUAUUAGCCUCUCCUCGCCUCUCCUAUUCUGAAAAACCAAUCUGUGAUUGUGUAUUUUCAGUGACCCCUGUUCCAUCCGCAACUUCUUUACAAUAAAGACUGGAAAUGGG